GUGACCUCGCGUUGACGUGACUUGAGUAUGCAACUCCACCCAAUACACACACCACACACACACAUACAAGGGAGCAAGAGUCAGGGCCUAAACAUGGCGUUACAAGCAGAGGGGGAAGGAGAAGCUGGUGGGAAAAUAAAGACCAUGUAAGCACUCACCAGACAACUCCUUUAAACCAGAGGAGACAGUACCUGUGAGGAUUCAGUACGAGCUGUGUUUGAAGAGUCAGCGACAAAAGAAAAAGUUCUGGUAAAGUUUUGCACAGGGUAGACUGGAGGACGUUGUUGUAUAGUGAAGGGGAAGCAGGUCCGGAGAGAGUUAAACUUCUCAGCUGUGUGCCCCGGUAACUUUAGCCGCGACCUCCUCUUUGGACUUGUUUAAACAGCGAGAGGGAGCCGGGCCGCAGAGAGGCAACACAGACUGUGUGUCUGAAAGACCAGAGACUUCCUGAUCGCUGUACCGUCCGCACUGAGGGGCAUUUCCACCGAGGCUCCCGAUCAUGGCACACUCGCCAGUGGCAGUUCAAGUACCAGGGAUGCAGAAUCACCGGGCAGACCCUGAGGGACUGUUUACCAAACUGGAGCGAAUAGGAAAGGGGUCUUUUGGUGAAGUCUUCAAAGGAAUUGAUAACCGAACACAGCAAGUAGUUGCAAUCAAAAUCAUUGACCUCGAAGAAGCUGAAGACGAAAUUGAAGAUAUCCAGCAGGAAAUAACUGUCUUAAGUCAAUGUGACAGUCCAUAUGUAACAAAAUAUUUUGGAUCAUACUUAAAGGGGACAAAGUUAUGGAUCAUCAUGGAAUAUUUAGGAGGUGGUUCAGCUUUGGAUUUGCUCCAAGCUGGGCCCUUCGAUGAAUUCCAAAUUGCAACCAUGCUGAAGGAAAUCCUCAAAGGCUUAGAUUACCUGCACUCCGAGAAAAAGAUCCACAGGGACAUUAAAGCUGCCAACGUCUUAUUAUCGGAGCAAGGUGACGUGAAGUUGGCGGAUUUUGGUGUGGCUGGUCAGCUGACUGACACGCAGAUUAAACGGGAUACUUUUGUCGGUACUCCUUUCUGGAUGGCACCAGAGGUCAUUCAACAAUCUGCUUAUGACUCCAAGGCAGACAUCUGGUCAUUGGGAAUCACAGCCAUUGAACUGGCCAAGGGUGAGCCACCCAACUCAGACAUGCAUCCGAUGAGGGUCCUGUUUCUUAUACCCAAAAACAACCCGCCAACUCUCAGUGGAGAGUUCAGCAAGUCCUUUAAGGAAUUUGUAGAUGCCUGUUUGAAUAAGGACCCUUCUUUUCGUCCAACAGCAAAGGAGCUGCUCAAACAUAAGUUCAUCAUUAAAAACUGCAAGAAGACCUCAUAUUUAACAGAAUUAAUUGACGGGUACAAGAGGUGGAAAGCAGAUGAACACAGUGAUGAUGACUCCAGUUCAGACGAGUCAGAUUCUGGAAGCAAUGACAAGGACAACAAAAAUGCCAAACCUAUCGAGUGGUCCUUCACCACAGUCCGAAAGAAACCGGACCCAAAGAAACUGCAGAAUGGAACAGACCAAGAUGUCAAGACGUUAUCAGCAUGCUUGUCAACUGUGAUUGCUCCUCUCUUUGCUGAGCUUAAGGAACAGGAAAGAGGCAAUGCAGAGAAAACUGGAGCAAUAAGUGAACUUGAGAAAAGCAUUAACAUGGUGGAAGCAAGCUGCCCAGGCAUCACAGAGAAGAUGAUAAAGAAGUUAAUAGACAGGUUUCAAAGGUUUUCAGCGACUGAUGCAUCCUAAAGACAUCACCCACCGAUUUUGGAUUCUUUUAUCAGACUGAACUGUCCAAACUGAGCUCCGAAUGACACCGCCAGAAAUGGAACAGAGGUGUCUUCUCGCCUCCUUGCACCUUUAUUCUCUCCCAAAACCUUCUGAACUCUUUGGAAUUUUAAACAACGAGCUUUGUCAAAAAAAAAAACACCUGGUGAAGAAAAAGGAAGAAACUCCCAACUGACUUCAGGAAAGCCUGAAAUAAUUGAUUUUUGUUUUAAACCGAGAAGUUUGUCAUCCUGGUUGAUUAUUUAAGUAGAAAUGUCAAACUCUAGUACUGACUUAAGUGCCAUUCUUGAUGGUGAUGUGUGUUUAGGAAAAUGUCAGGCAUUGAUUUUACAUUAAUACCCCACAAAACCCAAUUGUAAUUAGUUGUAACGCAGCUAGGUGCCUUUUAAAAAUGAGGGGGUUUAUUGUAGAUUGGAGAAAGAUGCCCAUUAAUCCGAAGAAUGGUACAGAUAUUUCCUUUUUCCUCUUCUCCCAAAAUGUCUUGUUUCUCUUCAUGUGGGUCCAGUGGGAAAGUAUAAAUCAUGCAAAAGAGGUAUAAUGAUUAAGAUCCCCCACUCUGUCACCUUGCCUCAUGGCAAGACAAGCUUUGUGUGAUAUGAGUGUUUACUCCUAAUCCAAUCAUCUUGACUAUGGGUAAAAUCAGUAGUUAUCUUAAGCCGAGGACAACAGCUGGAGAUUCCUGAGUUUUGGAAUGUGUUCCCAACGUAUUGACCCAAUGUGCUGACAGCUCUUUAUAACAUCUUAUAGUUCAUUACUUGGUAUCAGUUCACAUAUCCUGUUGAAGAUUAAAGUAAAUCUUUAAUAGGAAUGGAGCAUUGCUGCAAAAUAAAAAGACAUUGUCAGAGCUUUCUUUUUUUUGGUUUGUACUUGUCAGGACAGACGCAAGAUUCCCAAAUUUCAAAGGGAACAACAAUUUAGACAGUAUGGGUAAAGAAUGCUAAUUGGUUGGAAGGUUGAUUCUGAUUGGCAUUAAUGGAGAAUGUACUGUACAGUUAUUGCAGUCCCUCCUCCCACAUCCCCUUCACCCUUUCCCUCCUGCCUUUCUCUCCUCCUCCUUUCCCACACCAUCCCUUCACUUCUCCUUCUCCCUGCUUUUCUCCCCAUCCUCCCCACCUCUCUGCCCUCCAUCUUUCCUUCCCACUGCCUCCAGUUCUCCUCUUUCCCCCCUCCUCCUCCUCCCCUCCACCCAUUUUACUGUUCUUCCUCCUGGCCUCAAGAUGCUUUUAAUUUGAAAAGUGCACAAAUACUAUUGCUGCAAAGGGCAGGUCCUUGCAAAGGAAUGUAUCUGCCUUCUAUUUAGCGUGAGUGCUGUACAUUGCAAAUCUGGCUGACGAUCUUAAAUUGCUUGUUCGUGUCUUUUGCACAUUCCUGUGUUGUCUGGAAACAGAAAGGGCAUGGUCCGGUCUUUGUUGCCUUUUUCUGCAUUAACACCAUGAGGGCAGGUUGAGUGAUAUUUCUCUGGUGCAUUGGCUAUGGAAAUGCUUUGACCAGUCAACGUGCUGACCGAUCAACAUGGAAACCAAUCUGGACGCUUUCCACAUUUAGUGUAAAUUGUUGCCUCCCUUUUUGAAACUUGGCAUUCUUGCAUUUGUCCUGAUACGUGCAAGACCAGAAGCUGUGACAGUUUUGCCUUUCAGCAAUGUUCGGAGCUCUGUAUGGCCCGAGCAAAUAACUUUGGGCAUUAUUCAGACGAAGCUGACAUCUCUACUUCUGUGCCCGUGUUUUAUGUGGCUGCACAGCUCAUGUGCGGAAGCCAACUUCUUUUUACAGGAUUCUGCAGUCUCUUUGGAACUGUCUUACAUUCUGCCUCAAGAAAAGGCAAGAAAUUCUAUUUAAAACAGCAACAUUAUCACUUCCUUACAAAAGCAAAGCAAGUUACCCUUUCACUCGCUCCUUUCAUACUUUUGGCCAUACUUACUUGAACUUUAGGCCUCGAGUCCCUACAAAAAUAGCCUCAAAAUCAACCCCCGAUUGAAGAAUGGGAUUGAAAGAGAGAGAGACAACACUGUGUUUGUAUGUAUUUCCUUGCCAAUCAUCCUGUUGCUCCACAGCAAUGCUCUUCCCUAUGCCCUCCCAAACAGCUAGAUUUGAGGCUCGUGUAAUGAAAGCUAUUUUCUGUGCCUUCAAGAAGCACCACCCUCCCCAGUUGUCUCAUUCUAUAACUCGAUUUUGCAAUGCCUGCUUUGAAAGGGAGUGGCCUGCUCUGUGUCCCCUUAAUGAUGCAAGAAAUCUGUUGAAAGUGGUCGUAUGAAAAGGCACAGUGCAGGUAAAAGGCUACUUGCAGACUGUUCAUCCCAGUGCAUGAGAAGCAGGAGAGGCCAGUGGAAAACCAGAAUUAACAGAUUGUCCCAUCAUUCAUGGCAGCGGGGGCGCAUUGAGGGAGUUGAUUGGUGGUCAAGAGGGGAGAUGGGAGACAAUUGCUGAGCAAUCCAUGACAAGUCAGGAAGGUAUGUCCACAAUAUGAGCUUGGAUGAGAUUCGACAUUUUUCUUCUGUGAUCUUGUCAAGUACAGUAGCUGAGCUGCUUGCUGCUGCAGUCUUCCUUCACAGCAGAAGGAAUGCAGUAAAUUCUAUGAAAAUACCUUUUAUCAAAUCUCUAUAAAGUAUUAAGAAGUCCUCUUCUCUUCAGGUCCAGUCUCCGUGUUAACUUCACUUGCUCUCAGUAUAUUUGUAGACCCCUUGGAGGCAGUUGGUGGGGUGGGGGGGGGUGCAGUCACAGUUGUUUCUAUCUGUUGUCAAUUUGUAACACCACAGUUGUGCCCAACAUCUUUUAAAAGUUCUUCAGAAUGGCAUCAGAAUAAAAGGUCAGAUGCCAGCUGAACACAGGUGACCAGUUGCUCUUGACAUCCAGGAAGUGUUUGAGGCAGUCUAUGUCUUUAGAUGCAAAAAAAAUUAUUGGAAGCCAGUCAAUCUCACUUGUUUGUAAAAAUAUGAUGAAAUAUUUCCAAUUCACUAUGGAUAGAGGAGGGCUGGCAUACCAGUGAUGUCUCCAAAAUAUUGGAAAAUUGAAGGUCUCUUUAUUGCCCCUCUCCCACGAGUUACUGUCCUUUGUCAGAACGCCCAUCAACCAGCAAAAUGGCUAUCCCAUUCAACAGAACUAAAAGAACAAAAGCACAGAAUUGAAGUGUAAAGCCGCAGUCGAAUAUAAGGGGCUCUGUUCCGUUCUAAGUUCUCAGUGUGUGCUGAAAUAAUUUGGGAAGGAUUUGCACUCCCCAAAUUGGUGGAUCUAGACAGGACUCCCAGGAAUGGACAGGUCUAGCCUGAGAGAGAGAACUGCUUAUGUAUAUAUUUUGUUGCCAACCAUCCCAGGAUGUUUACACUUUCCUUCUGCCUCUUUAGUUCUGUUUUGUGUGCAGGACACAAUGUAAAGAUAUACCAUUGCCUCCUGCUUUUUUUUUUAAACCUGCUCUGUAAAUUUUACCUUUGUGCAAAAUUUCUGUUUUGAUAUACAAAUAUAUAUAUAUAUAGUUCGCUUAGUCGUAUUUUGCCAAAUAUUUCAACAAGUGAUUGGUUUGUGCAUGGUAAUUAGGCAACAUAUCAAUGGCAGAAUAGAAUUUAGAUGCCACUCGAGUUCUGACGCACAUCAUUUCACACACUGAAGUUGGAGCCUGGCAUAAAUCACAGUUUGCCAAGUAUUACACUUUAGCCAGUACCAGUUGCAAUAAUAAUAUUUACCCAGUAAAAUCAAGCAACUGUUCAUCCUGAAAGUGACAAAUUCAGACCAAUUUUUUUUCUAGGUUUAGACAGAAAUUAUCAUUUUGGAGGUAAUUUUGUAAAAGCUUUAAUUAAUAUCUUGAUUGAAAGCAAUAUUUUUGUAAGUGUGUAUAAAAAAAUGGUAGCGGUGUAAAUAUAGAAAUAUGUGAGGAGGGUUGAGUGAUCUGUGUUUGCAAGAUCUGUGACCAUUAGUCUUGUAAAUCUUAUUUUGUAGAUAACAUUUGUUAUUCUUAGUCAUGGGUUUUGAAUGGUUUUAUGAAUAAAUAUUUAAAUGAUCCUCA